AGUGUAAAUUAUGGGAAAGAAAUAUCGGCACAUAAUUGCAGAUUACAUUAAACUAUCUUUCAUUACAAACUUAUCAAGAAGCAUAAUCGAAGAUAAAAAUAGAUAACCACAGCUGAAGGAACAAUAUUUUCAAUAUAAAAAGUUAAACUGGAAACGUUAACUUCAGUUAACUUUCGGGUUUACUAAACAGAAGGUAAAAAGAGACAAUGAAUUCACAUUUCUUCGGUUUAUUGCUGUGUGGUGUUAUUCUUAUUGCCACAAGUUGGGCAAAUCCUACGGAUCAUAAUUUGCUCCAUAGUGAUGUCACUUCCCAAGAAUCAAUCCCCAGUGUUCCAACUUUAAACUCUUGCAAUAGCGUUUGUCCUCGUAACUUGGAUCCGAUUUGUGCAGUGGAUGUAGACAAUGAUCAAAAUAUUAAAUACUUCCCAAAUACUUGUCUGAUGGAAAAUGAUGCAUGUCGCCGUGGUAGAGUCUGGAAACCAAUUCAGUUGCUACAAUGCGCUGCGGAUAUUGAUCCAGGACUACGUGAUGGCUGUGUACACGCUUGUCCCUUCAACUAUGAUCCGAUUUGUGCAAGGACAACCAAAAAUGGCGCUGAGGGCAAAGUACACGAAUAUAUUCAAAUUUUCGCCAAUCGCUGCGUUUUCGAUAUGGAGAACUGCUUAGCCAGCGGAAAAUGGAUUGAAGUACGUGGUGAAAUGUGUGGUUUGGAUGAAGACUAA